AUGUCUUCUACGGCUACUGUUACAGGGACUGCUCAGGCCAACCCAAAUCUUCACGGCUUUGGCCGGAUGCGCCUCGACGGGACUGACAGGAGAUUUGGAGACUUCCGCGAUGAGCUCACACGCAACGGAUUUGCAGUGGUCAAGGGCGCUAUUCCAAAGGAACAAGCCUUGAAAUAUGCCAAUGAGAUGUAUUCAUGGCUGGAGGGUUUCAAGCUUGGAUUCGACCGGAAUGACCUUUCGACUGUACACAAAGACAACCUGCCCCUGAUCAAUGAGAAGGGAAUGUGUCUUCACUACGCCUUGCCCCAUGAAAGAUUUGUCUGGGAUGUGCGAAACGAACCAGGGGUCAUCGGCACAUUCGAGAAGAUAUAUGAUGAUGAAGAUCUCAUCGUGUCGUUUGACGCUAUCAACUUCCAGUUCCCGAACCGUACCGACCUUGCUCCCAACAAGCCCUGGCCUCAUCAAGAUCAGGACCCAGCCAAGCAUGGCUUUCGUUGCAUGCAAGGCUUAGUGAACCUUUUGCCUAACGGACCCGACGACGGGGGCCUCAUUGUCUGCCGCGGCGGGCACCUCCUAUCCGAACAGUUCCACCGUGAGAUGGCUGACGAGGAGCGGAUCCCCGCGUGGACACCAGAGUGGUACGGGUUCACCGAGCGUGGAAUGCAGUGGCUUGCCGACCACGGCUGCGAAUGGGAAAAGGUCUGCGCGGAGCCCGGUGACCUGCUACUAUGGGAUUCGCGAACACCGCACUACAAUCUUAGUCCCAAGAACAACCAGCCCCGGUUUGCUAUUUACACGUGCUAUAUGCCUGUCGCGGAUGUCUCGCAGGACGAUCUAAAGCGAAAGAAGGAUGCUUUCGAUCGCCGUGUUGGCACGACGCAUUGGCCGAAUGCGAAGCAUACAGGGUCCAAUAUCGCCCAGCGGGAUGGUAAGGAAGAUCCGCACAACCGCCUGGCGCCGGUGACCGAGCCUAUUUUCAGUGAGCGGACUUUCAAGUUAACCGGUAUUCCCUAUAUUCGCGAAGAGUCAACCCAGGCCGAUGGCGAUGCAAGUGUGCAGAUCAACAAGGCCGCUGCCGUUGCAUAA